AUGGAUAUUGUGUACAGACCGUUGGAUAUUGCGAACGUGCACCAUUUUCAACAGAUCAAAAAGCUGAUCGAUGCAGACCUCUCAGAACCGUACUCCAUCUACGUGUACCGGUACUUCCUGAACCAAUGGCCCGAGUUGGUGUACCUGGCGUUUGAUGCUGCUGACCCUGUACUACCCAUUGGCUGUAUAAUAUGUAAAAUGGAGCCCCAUAGGGCGUGCAGGAUGCGAGGUUACAUCGGCAUGCUCGCCGUGGAGAGUUCGUACAGAGGUCGCGGGAUCGCGAAGAGGCUCGUCACGAAAGUGAUUGAAAUUAUGCAGCGAGAGAAAUGCGACGAGAUCAUGUUGGAGACAGAGGUGGAGAACAGCGCCGCUUUGAAUCUGUACGAACAGUUCGGGUUUAUCCGGAUGAAGAGGAUGUUCCGGUACUACUUGAACGAGGGAGACGCCUUCAAGCUGAUCCUUCCUCUGACGAACAAAAGUUGCAUAAGAUCCACAUUUUUAGCCAUGAAUAGUACAUAA